UAACUGGCACUGCUGAAAGCUGCAGUAGAUAAACAUAUGUGCAGCCAUAAACCUAAUCCAGAAUCAAGUUGAUUUUUCAUUUUUCAAAAGAAAUAAUUGUAUAAAAUGGGACAAGAACAAUCAGCUCCACCUUCACCUCCACCUCCCAAACCAGAAUUUGAUCAACCAUGGAGGGAAAUGCCUUGGGGAGAAAAGGACAGAAUUGAACAGAAACUGAGGACAUUCAAGCUCAAGAGAACAAGUGCUCGGUUCGUCAGGAUUCUGGUUGUUGGUGAAGUCGGAGCAGGAAAGUCCAGUUUUAUAAACUCAGUCAAUAAUGCUUUCCAAGGGCGAAUCACCGCUGGGGCUCUUGUUGAUGGGACAGGAGGUACCAGUUUCACAAAGAACUACAAAACUCAUUAUAUUGAAGCAGAGGAUGACUCCAGUUUGCCUUUUGUCUUUAAUGAUAUAAUGGGACUUGAGGACAAAUUAUCUGGUGCAAGUAUACAAGACAUCAUCAGAGCCAUACACGGGUUACUUGAGGAAGGACACAAGUUUGAUGCACCUGUGACAGACGUUAAAUUCAGAAGCAACCCAAGUGUCGAGGAUCAAACCACAUGCCUGGUCAACAUUAUUGCUGCAGACAAAAUAUCAAUGAUCAAUGAUGGGGUCAUUGAUAAGCUGAAAAAAAUCCGUCAGGCUGCUACCGAACUGAAUAUGCCUCAAGUAAUCAUCAUGACAAGACCAGAUUUAGCAUGUCCACUGGUUAAACAGGACUUAAGGAAGAUCUACACCAGCAAGAAGAUCAAGGAGAAGAUGGAAGUGUGUAGUAAUAAGCUGGGGAUUCCUAUGAAUUACAUUUUCCCUGUGAAGAACUACCAUGAGGAGAUAGACACAGAUGAUGACAUGGAUCUUCUGAUUCUCAAGGCACUUGAUCAGAUUCUGUGCAAUGCUGCUGACUUGUUGAAGGAAAAAACAUUUAAAUCUGGUGAAAAAGCUGAGUAGGGACCCCAAAGUGAUUUAUACAGCAUUUAAAAUACACAGUAGGAGACAUGAUUACUGCUGAUUGGAGAAGAGAACCAGGUAUAUAUUGGUAAAAUAAGUGUAAUGCUAUGUUCUGUAUUUAUAGAGCACAUUAGAGUAUUUUACUUUAGUUACAGUUACUGAUUUAAUAAACCCUGAAAUAUAAGUGAUGAAUUCUAUGUAAAUGUUAAUCUUACUGUGAAUAAUUGUAUAAAACAAUCUUUUCUGGUAAUGUUGGAGACUUUCUGUAUAGGGUACAUUGUUCUUUCUCACACACACUCUUCCCCACACCCACACAUAAACAUUCCAUCUCUGUCUUACACGUACAUACAGAUGCCUUGACCUUAGUUUAACCCCCUACCCACCUUAGUGGGACCCCCUGCUUUGCACGUAUCACACUUGCAACACCAAAAGGAGUUGUAAGAGACAUGCCACUUUGGCUGGGAGGUUCCUACAUUGAGAUAACGGCCAACACUAGUGUGUUCAUUGAGAUGUCCCCGAGUACUCGCCGGGAACCAGAAACUGAACAGAGGUGGAGAAGGCUGAAUUUAGUUACCCUGUCCAGGCGACAGAUGAAAAUCUUAGUUACCUUACAGUUUUGGGGGCUCCUCCGGGAUACCAGUAUUCAGGUACGUGCUGAUUUGGUAUCUUGUCAUACCGGCUAAAGUGUAGGCACUUACCUCAUGUACUGGUAUCUAUAUUUGGGGAUGUCGGUGUUCGGGCAAGUGCUGAUUGGUAUCUAGUCAUACCGUUCAAAGUGUAGGCACUCAUAUCCAUAUCCGUGUAUAGUUAAAUUGAUAUUGUCGAAUGUAUGCACGAUGUGUAAGGGAAUUCGUCACUGGUUUAUUAACCAGUGAAAAAGCGCACGCAACGUCUCUAAGGUUAGAGGCUAUACAUUUAUUUGAACGCCCUCUCUAUCUCGGUCGCUGGUCUCCAAUUGUGUUGUGUUGUUUGUGUGUAAUAUUGGUUGUACCUGUAGUUGGACAUGGGUAAUUCAGGAACGAAAUAUCCUAAGCCAGACCACGAGGAAACUCCUCGUGACUGGAUGAACCGUUGCGGUCUAGGUUGUUAUAAUAUCCCUUCGCUAGAUAAUUUAGCAGGAUGGACUGAAUCACAACCUCAGCUUUUGACAUAUCCUCGCAGUGGUACUUUUAAAUCUGAAUAUUUGGCAUCUGCUUACAUUCAAAUAUAUGACGGCUUCGGUGACUCUGAUUGGGAUUAUCGAUAUAUGACAGAUGGUUAUAAGAAAUGGCUAGAAAUGAAACCAAUCUGGGAUAAAUAUCACUCUAUUCCAAACUCGAAAGUGGAACUAAAAUCUUUGUCGAAGUUUAAUCCCCAGACUACACCGAAAUCGCCAUUUGCUUCUCGCAUCCAACCCCCACCGUAUAAUGAUAAGGGGCCGUUGGCAACUGUUGCAACUCUAUAUCCUAGUUUAAGCAGCAUUGAUUCUUCUCUUACUUCAUCAGCCCCGGUUGCAUGCUGCGCCGUUGAAAUAACUAAAAACUCACUGGAUACUAAGCCAGAUACUGACGCUCGCACUAAGCUGCAAGAUACGCCACGAAAUGACGAGACAGACACAGAUAAUAAUGGCGAUGCUGUAUCUGAUUCUGGGUCAGAUAUCAAACCCCCAUUCUUUAAUGCCACUGUUGGCUCCGCUCUUAAUGUGGCAUGCGUGUGGUCCACGUCCGCAAAGGGACCAAUUAUCAAUCCACUUUCAAUAGGGGAUUUAAGGGACAUCAUUAAAAUGCUCCCAUCCCCUUCAAAACCACUUCACUAUGUAGACAUGUUACUAAGAGCCACCCGUCAUAAUCAAUUGACUGGGGCUGAUCACAGAUUUAUAUUGCAUGCGACUCUUGGAGAUAAUUAUGAUGAAACUGAUCUCAUUGCCAGAGUGCCCUUUGUCUUCAGUGAUGUCAUGGGACUUGAAAAAGACCAAAAUAAAGGUGUACAACCACAGGACAUGGUCACAGCAAUACACAGAUUUCUUCAGGAACAAUGCAAAGUAAGAAAAAUGCUGCAUUCUCUUGGUCAAUCCAAAAUGUUAACAAACCCUCAAACCUGAACAUUUAAGUAAUAAAAGUGAAGUUGUGUCAUUCUUAAGAGAAUAUCUAUAUGUACACCAUUAUUAGCCAAACAUUAAUGUGCAGAAUUAUUAGGCAACUAAAUGAAAAACAAAGAUUUUCCCGUCUCCCUUAUAUUCACCUGUUAAAGUGAGAAUAAUAAACAAACUCAAAAUGUACAAAUAAACAUUUCUGAAAACUCAGUGA